CUUCCAUUUAGUUCAUCUCUCAUUUCUCUCCAAUGGAUUGUCGAUACACCACCAGUUCUAUCAUCCUUCUGAUGAUCUUGAGCUCUACCCAGAUAAGAUUUAUGGCUGAAGGCAGAGCACUACUCAAGAAGGAUGACACUUCCCAGACAGUGAAUGAAGAUAACAAGACAAGAUUGAGAGCUCAAAUUGGUUCAAGGCCUCCAAGAUGUGAAGGAAGGUGCAGCUCAUGUGGCCCUUGCGAGGCAAUUCAAGUUCCUAACAUUUAUCAAGCCAAACCAGGUAAGAAGAACUCUGCGGCAGUUUUAUCCACCAUUGCUUCUGCCAGAGGAAACGAGUAUUCAAGCAACUACAAACCCAUGAGCUGGAAAUGCAAAUGUGGCACUAUCAUCUUCAACCCCUGAUCAAGAUUCACGAUUUAUAUAUUGAUCAUCUUCAGUUCUUCACUAUGACCAUUUAAUUUUUGGUGGCUGUAGAGCACACCCCCUUUUUGGAUUAUUGUAAAUGGAUGAUACUAGCAGGUAAGAAUUAUCAAAUUUUGAUUCUUGAAUCCAUGCAA